AUGUCCGUGAGACCAUCUACACUCCGAUUAAUCUGGCAUCGCUGCCCUGGUGCUUGUGCUGGUAAUACAGUACGACCUGGCUUUCAGACAUACAUCUCCUCCACAUCAUGGCGCUCCUUCGCCUCAAGGGCUCGAUCUCCACCUGUUCCUAAGCCCCAAAUACGGCCCGCGCCAUCAACCCCCCGAUACGCCGACUUGCCUAAGAAUUUACAACCAAAGGCAGGAGGACUUGGAAGGCUAUUCAGCAGAGUAGCUCACGAGGGAGAUGUGACACUAUUCCAGGCGCACUCACAGCGCAGUUAUUACUUCAGUGCAUACGGCCUGUCGGCAUUCUGCUUCGCCUAUGCGGUCUACAACUCCAACGCCGUCUUCCGAGACCCCGUCACCGUCCUGCCUAUGUGGCAACAAGCGCUCUUCGGUGGUAUAUGUGUAUCGAUGAGUGUCAUGGGUACUAUCUUUCUUGUUCGGACAGGCAACAUGAUCCGAAGCAUCAAGGCGGUUCGUUCUCAAGGUCAACCCCGUAUCCGCUUCCAGGUCCGGGGCAUGUUGCCAUUCAAGAAGUAUGAGUUUGAGGUUGCACCGUCUCAGGUUCAUAUCUCCAAGAAGCUCGUCGUAUCAGCAGAGUCUGUGGCGCGCUUCGAGAAUGAUAGCAGGAAGCUCCUUGGUGGUUCAAAAGAACCGAAACCGAGUUUCUUCAAAGCCCCGGUUGCGAGAUUGAGCCACGGAGUCUGGAGGAUAUUUUUGUCUGUGCGGCAGAUUUUCACCAGUGAGGACUUUAUUCUCAUCAAGAUUGAUGGCCAUAAGGGUACCUUCCGCAUGGACUCAAAUGGCUCGGUCGAUCGGGAUUUCCUUCUCCUGGGUAACCCGGUGAGGAUGGGAUCUAAGGGCAUUUGA